CCAGACGGCUCUUGUGGGACAUUUAGCAAAAUAAAAGCCUGAGCUAGCGGAGCGCUCACUGGCUGCCGCAGCCGUGAUGGAGUGAAGAGACGGCGGCGAGGACACCUGCGAUCUCACCUGGAUGGAAGCCACGGCUCUACGAGACGUUUUCAAAUGCGUAACCCUCUCCAUUGCAGCAAUGGAGGAUAUUGGUCUCCUUCCCAAACCCAGCAGUGACCCCGCCGUGCACAGACCCACGGUCACUGACACGUUGGGUUUGCAUCACGUCCCACCAGACCAUCUGCACGACGCAAGCAGGAAGUCUGACGUGGACAGAGAUGGACCGGCCAAGAAAAGAUCCCAGUCGGUGGUGGACGCAGAGCUGCAGAUGGUUCCCAUGUUUCCUUUACACAACCAGCCGCCCGACACCGACACCGACACAGACACCACUGCCAAAAAUGAAAUCUCAGACGAGGCAGUCGCUGCCAGAAACACGACCAGAGCCAAAGAUUCAGAUUUGUCCGAAUGGAAGCGAAACAAACAGAAGCAGCUGAGGAUGGAGGGGAAGUCGUACGUGAGCAAGCGCAAAAGAGACGGCGAGAUCGUGACCAAGCAGCCGAGAGCGAUGGGGCCACGGUGCGACUCGGACGCGUGCAGGAAGGCGUCAAACCGGCUUUGCGGUGAAAUCGGCGAAGAGGCGAGGGAGCGGGUGUUUGCAGAGUUCUGGCAGCGCAUGAACUGGUCUCAGAGGAAGGUGUACGUGGCGCGUCAGGUCGACCGUGACCCCGUGGAGAGGUCUCGUGCAGCCGGGGCGAACUCCAGGAGGUCGGUUUCACUCCGCUACCAUUUGGUGGUGGACGGCAAAAGGAAACAAGUGUGUAAGAACAUGUUCCUGUCCACGCUGGGCGUCGGAGAGUGGUCGCUGCUCAACUGGGCGCAGAGAGGAGCAACAAGAACGACUGAGCCGAAUGAAAGAAGGGAGGCCGUGCAUCAGUGUCCACAGGUCAACCCUUCUCAGCUCAGUGAUGCUCUGGAGGUAACGAAGGAACAAGCGAACGCCACCGACAAAGGCAGAAACAGGUCACCAGAACAAGACGGUCCAGUCAGAAAGAAAUCCAGAGUUGCGAAGCCGCUAACGUGGAAACAAAAUCUGCAGAAGCAGCUGAGGAUGGAAGGAAAACCGUACGUGAGCAAGCGGAAGAAAGACGGCUCGACCAUAACCAAAGGUCAGAGGACACUGGGACCGAGAUGCACAUCCAGCGCCUGCAAAAGAGCUUCAAACCGCUUCUGUGCCGACUUCAGCGAAGAGAAGAGGAGCGAGCUGUUCACUGGUUUCUGGCAGCGUAUGAACUGGGCUCAGAGAAAGGUCUACGUGGCCCAACUGGUCGACUGCGACCCGGUGGAAAGGACCCGAGCUCCGUGGACUCAGUCGAGGAGGUCGGUCUCGAUGCGAUAUCAUUUGAUAUCCGACGGCGACAGGAAACAAGUCUGCAAACGAAUGUUCCUCUCCACGCUGGGAGUCGGAGAGUGGUCGGUGCUUAACUGGGCGCAAAACGCGACGCAGCCGGACAAUUCGGAGGAAAACCCCAAGAAGCAAACGCAGAGGACGUCCCGUAAAGCGUCCGAGCACGUGGUCCUGAAGGAGUUCCUGGAGAAUUUACCCAAAGUGGCGUCUUACUGUCGCGACGCGUCCGUCUCCAAGCUGUAUCUGGAGCCGGUCUUCUCGAACAUGUCUGAGGUCUACAGGCGUUACUACAACCACUGCUCGGAGAGGAAGACGACGCCUCUCUCUCGGCAGGUUUUCUGUGCCGUGUUUAAAAAGAUGGAUUUGGGACUGUGCGACCCCAAGAAGGAUCAAGGUUAUUCCUUCGGUGCGACAGGAAACCUUUUUAACGAGCUCUGGGAGGAGUACUGCAUGGAGAGAGGAGGUCCAGGUCCACGUGCAGAGAAAGCGAAUAACCAGCAGAGGUGUUAAUUCUAGCUGUGUGUUACAGCAUUACAUGCAACAUCAUCGUAUACACAAUGUGUAAAAUUUCACUCCGAAAACGAAAUGACUCUUCUCGGCUUUAGUCUUUAUGCAGCUAUUGUGGCUGUGACUGUGGCUAUUUUGUUUCUGUAAUGGAGACAGGAAUCUUUGUCAGAAAUCAGGUGGUGACAUGACUAAACUGCUAAAACAUUAACCUGCUCGUGUACUUUAUUGAAUUUCAGACGAUAACGAAUGAUUGUGUCCAAAACCUUUUUUUUUUUUUCUGUGACUAAGACGAGAUGUUGACAAACUACAACCAAUAUUUGACUGUUAAAGCUAUGACUAAACGUUAACGAGAUGGGACAGGACUAGAGUCGUAUUUGACAUAAUAAGCAGGAAUGCCAAACCCAUUCUACGGAAACUAUUGCUAAUGCUUCAGGAAUGAACACAUACAGACUUUUUCCACUUUAAGUCAUUUUGUGACGUGCAAGUUGAACGAGAUAUUAAUUUCACAAUCUGGAGUCGACGGACGUGCUGGUGUGUCCAAAUUACAUAACCAAAAGUGUUAACUUCAAACUAUAUACCAGUUUUUUACCAAGUAAAAUUAGACUUAUUCUGAAUAAUUCACGCCACACUUUUCCUGAAUAUUGCCGUCAUGUUGUUGCACAUCUGGUGCAACGGGAGAAACUGUGAAAAGUAAAUGCUAGCAAGCGGAGAUCGCUAGCCUGCUCCAAAGCUUGAAAGCAAAAAAACAAUAACAACUACAACAACAA